GCGGCCGUCGUAGCCGCAGCCCCGCAGCCCGGACAGCAGCAGCAGCAGCAGCAGCAGCAGCGGGACGAGCAGCCGGCGGCAUGAGGCACGAUCCGACCCCCGGCUUCUCCAUGCUGCUCUUCGGGGUGUCUCUCGCCUGCUACUCCCCCAGCCUCAAGUCGGUGCAGGACCAGGCGUACACUGCGGCCGUGGUCCUGGAGGGCAAGGUGCAGUCGGUGUCCCCCCCCGCCGGUAACGGCAGCGGCAGAGAUCCCCCCGGCUCCAACGGGGGGGUCCUGGUGAAGGUCUUAGACCUGUGGCCCCUCAACAGCGGGGGGCUGCAGCGCGAGCAGCUCAUCAGCGUGGGCAGCGCGGGCUCCAAGGCGCCCUGCUUCAAAGUGAAGAGGAACCACCGCUACAUCUUCUUCCUGGAGCCCACGGAGAAGCCCCUGGUUUUCAAGACCUCCUUCGCCCCCUUGGACACCAGCGGCAAGAACCUCAAGAAGGAUGUGGGCAGGAUCCUGUGCGCAGACUGCGCUGUUCCUCCAAAACUGAAGAAACUGAAGAGUCCAAAUGUUCAUGUGGGGGAUAAGAUUUCACUGAAAUGUGAGGCUACUUCAGGGAAUCCUCAGCCCUCCUACAAGUGGUUUAAAGAUGGUAAAGAACUGAAGAAAAGCAAGGACAUCCGAAUAAAAUAUGGGAAUGGAAAAAAAAUUUCCAGGCUGCAGUUCAAUAAGGUGAAACUGGAAGAUGCUGGAGAAUAUAGCUGUGAAGCGGAGAAUGUGCUAGGGAAAGACACAGCAAAAGGCAGCCUUAAUGUGAGAAGUGGAACAACGAAUGUGCCACAACUCUUACCAGCUUCAGAAACUAAAUUAGUUGUUAUGGACGAAGAGUUAACCACCACACUCUCAUCCUGGUCUGGGCAUGCCAGAAAAUGCAAUGAAACCGCCAAGUCCUAUUGUGUCAAUGGUGGGGUGUGCUACUACAUCGAGGGGAUUAAUCAGCUGUCUUGCAAAUGUCCAAAUGGAUUCUUCGGACAGAGGUGUUUGGAGAAACUGCCUUUGCGAUUGUACAUGCCAGAUCCUAAGCAAAAAGCUGAGGAACUUUACCAGAAGAGGGUUUUAACUAUCACUGGGAUCUGUGUUGCAUUGCUUGUGGUUGGAAUAGUUUGUGUGGUGGCUUACUGUAAAACCAAAAAACAACGAAAGCAAAUGCAUAGUCAUUUACGGCAAAAUAUGUGCCCAGCCCAUCAGAACAGGAACCUUGCAAAUGGCCCUAGUCAUCCCCGGCUGGAUCCUGAAGAAAUUCAGAUGGCUGAUUAUAUUUCUAAAAAUGUUCCUGCCACUGAGCAUGUGAUACGAAGGGAAGCAGAGACAACAUUUUCAGGAAGUCAUUCCUGCUCACCGUCUCAUCACUGUUCCACAGGCACUCCAACAUCAAGCCAGAGACAUGAAAGCCACACAUGGAGCUUGGAGAGGACAGAGAGCCUGACUUCUGAUUCCCAGUCUGGCAUCAUGUUAUCUUCAGUGGGAACCAGUAAAUGCAACAGCCCUGCCUGCAUUGAGGCUCGUGCCCGCCGAGGACCUGCAUAUUGCAUUGAGGACUCAAGAAGACCCAUGAUGCAAUAUAGGGAUUCUGUGGAUUCACUGCGAGACUCACCGCACAGCGAGAGAUACGUGUCUGCUCUAACAACACCAGCUCGACUGUCACCUGUCGACUUCCAUUAUUCGAUUGCUGCCCAGGUACCUACUUUUGAGAUCACCUCCCCCAACUCUGCUCAUGCUGUUUCCCUGCCCCCUGCGGCACCCAUCAGCUUCCGUGUGGAGGAGCAGCAGCCUUUACUGCGAAGGUAUCAAGUCCCCUUCCAGGAUAUGCAGCGGUAUGACAGUUACUACCAAAGGAAGAGCUACUUAAACGACAGCAUGGGGAGUCUGCCUUCAAGCCCCUUCCGCAUCACGGAGGAUGAUGAAUAUGAGACGACACAGGAAUACAUCACAGCACUAGAACAACCAAAGAAAACAGCCAGCAGCAACAGGCGGUGGAAAAAAUCUAGACUGAAUGGGCACAUCUCACACAGAGCUAAAAUGGUCAGAGACUCCUUCUCAGUGAGCAGUGCCUCUUACAGCGAAUCCGAUGAGGAGAUGGUGGCAGAGAGCACCCCGUUCUUAAGCAUUCAGAACACUGAUGUAAUGAACACAGAUUCCCCCCCGCUGUAUCGACCAGGUGACAGCAGGACUUACUAUUCCUUCGACAGACACAGCACGUAUGGGGCGGGCAGCUUGCCACACACAAGACCCAAACCAGACUCAACACCUCACUAGAAGCUGCACAAACUCACACACCCCCAAACAGAGCAGUAUCAAAAAGGAGAAAAAAUAUUUUUAUUUUAUAUAAAAGAGGAAAAAAUAUAAGAAAUAAAAUGUUUUAUUUUCAUUUUAGCAAACUUGUCUUAUAACAGCUAACAGCAAAGACUUUUUUUAUAGGGAAUCUCUAUUUAUAUGUAAUGUCUUGAUUUACAGCUUCCAAAAAAAACACAAACAAACAAAAACAAAAUAAAAAAGUGGGCCAAUUUUUGACUACUUAAAAAUAGAAAAUAAAAAUAUCGUGGUGCCUUUUUGCUGUAUGCUAACGCUGGAGUCCAUGCUGAGGAUUAUGUUUCAGUAGCAUUCGUAAGAUCAUAGGUUUUCAUUUGGACAAAUUACCAUUUUAAGGGCGCUUUCUCAUUUGAAAAAGAUAAAAACAGCACCCUCCACUUUGCCCCAUCUCUGUAUGUUAGUGAUCUAGUUCUUUCCAGUAGUGUUAAAACACACACACAAAGGACACAUGUAUGUAUGUUUUCAUAAAUACCUCCUAAGGGGAAUCUGUCUUGCCCUGUAAAAUACGUGUAUUUUUGCUUAUUUCAGGAAAAAUUCUAUACAUACGGGAAUGCAGAAAUAACAUUUCUUUUUGCAACACAGGUAGGAAGAGAAAAAAGCAUACAGUAGCAACAGCCCUUACAAUAUAUCUGUCAACCUCCUAAACAUGUUACUGUGUGGGGUCUGAAGUAGAACUGGAUCAUUUUGGCACAGUUUUGUGAAGUUGUAGUCAAAUAAAACAUUAAAAUGAACGUGGUAAAAUAUUAUCUAUUUACAUACGGUAGAAUCCACUUCACUGGCAUAGACCCCACUUGGGAGGGAAACAGUCCAUUGCAGCAAUUGCAAAUAAGUACUCUUGUUUGGCAAAUUGCUUUCAAAGGCAGCAUUGCAUUUUCAGCAAACAAUAUGAAACUCAGACAGAGUCAAAUCCUGGCUAUAACAGUGCAAGGUAGUAGAACAAAAGGCCCUUUCUUCAGGAAGCUAAUGACAGCACAGCCAUCAAUUCACCCCUACAAACUAUCUCAUUGAGCUGCACCCCCUCCAACCAGGCAUGCAAUUUAAAAGAACUGUGUGUGCCAUUAAUCUCUGUUUAAAGUCAUUGCAAUACAUUGCCAUGAUCCUUCCCCUCUGGCCAGUGAAGCAGGCUGGUAAUUCAUCAGGAAACCCAUUAAGUGGAUUCUUCUGUAUCAGUGUGCUGUAUAUUGUAAAGAAAGUUUUUUUGUAAUGUCCCAGUGUUACAUAACUUGCUAUGAAAGAUGGAUGUCAAAUUUCAGAGCCUGGGGCAGCCCUGGCUACUGGAUCAAAAAAGACAGUACUGUGUGUGCAGGCAGCAGAAUAUUCACAUGUGAAAGUGCCCCUCUCUCCUUUUCGUUCUCUGCAGCAAUCCUGUUUACAUCAUAGCCUGAUUCUUUUCAUUUUAUAUUUUUACUUCUGCAUGUCCUUUGCAUUUCAGAUACUGUAGAUUGGAUGCAUGGUGAAGCUGUGACUGAGAAGAUAAUACAACAAUUGACAGUGUAUUUCAUUUAACUUUUAGCAAUAAAGUAACUAAACCCUCUAUUCCUCACCCACAAUGGGGUCAGAUAGAAACUCUGCUAAUUUGUCAUAAGAUGAUUGUAAAAAUUUGCUCUGGAUUGUCCGAAUGUCAGAACUCUUGACUGUUUAACACUUGAACAUUUUUUAUAUUAUAAAUAAAAUAAGAAAUAAUUAGUA